CAUGGUCCUGCCUGUCAGCGCUGUUUCGGUGAGGCCGGGCCGCGCUCGGACGCUUCGAUCCUCGAGUCUGUCGGCCGGCAUGGCAGGCCAGUUCCGCAGCUACGUGUGGGAUCCGUUGCUGAUCCUGUCGCAGAUCGUCCUCAUGCAGACCGUGUAUUAUGGCUCGUUGGGCCUGUGGCUGGCGCUGGUGGACGGGCUGGUGCGCAGCACGCCUUCUCUGGACCAGAUGUUCGACGCAGAGAUCCUGGGCUUUUCCACCCCUUCAGGCCGGCUCUCCAUGAUGUCCUUCAUCCUCAACGCCCUCACCUGUGCCCUGGGCUUGCUGUACUUCAUUCGGCGAGGGAAGCAGUGCCUGGAUUUCACUGUCACUGUCCAUUUCUUUCACCUCCUGGGCUGCUGGUUCUACAGCUCCCGGUUCCCCUCAGCGCUGACCUGGUGGCUGGUCCAAGCCGUGUGCAUUGCGCUCAUGGCUGUCAUCGGGGAGUACCUGUGCAUGCGGACGGAGCUCAAGGAGAUCCCCCUCAACUCAGUCCCUAAAUCCAAUGUCUAG